AACAAAUAUUACGUUUUCAUCUAUAUAGCAAUUGUAUAAUAUGAAAUUAUUUAAAGUGUAACUAUGAGUUUAGAUAAUCAUUUUGCAGUUUUGCUUGUGAUAUCUUCCACUUUUUCCUCAUUUUUUAUUUCUCCUAGUUCUCUUUUAUUCAGUUCAUGUUUUUCUAGAUAUUUUUCCAGGACAACUUACUUUUUAUUAAAUCUUUUUCGUCUACUUCAUCUCUAUGGCUACAGUUUCAGCUUCAUUAUUUAAUUAUUUUCUUGGUUACAUAGUUUACAUGGUUAGUUACCAUUACUUUUAAAUCUAAUUUUCAAAAGUUUUUUCUGCUUAUUAUUGCUUCCAAUAUCAGACUAAACAAUAUUGGGGAGAUAGAGUCACCUUGUUUUACUCCGUUCAUUUACAUUGAUCUCCUUAAAAGUUGUUCUAUCGAAACUGACUUUUCUGGGAUAAUCAUUAGGUUUACUGUUAGCAUAUAUCUUAAUUUUUCUGGGAUUCAAGAUGCUCUUGCUCUUCCAUGAAUUGUGUCAAAAGCACUUUUGAAAACUAUAAAUCUGUGGUGCUAAGGCAAAACCCGAUAUGUCAAAAAACGUGAUUAUGCAGUAGAUCAGUUUAAAAGUUUGCGGUGUUGUUGUAAUAGUGGACAUAUCGGAAACUAAUUUUAUCAUCUACUGAUUACAUGAACGCGUUUAGAUAUAUUGGGUUUUGUCAUCAUAUUUAUCAUCACUCAAUGUACAUAUUGGCAUUAAAACCGAAAAAUCGAUAAUUUUUGACAUAUCGGGUUUUGCCUUAGUACCACAGAAAUAUCACAUGCAUUUCCCUGUUGUAUUCUCUCCAUUUUUGCUUAUUUGCUCCAGUGUUCUUUGGAAUUAAUUGUAGAUCUCCCUGGUCUGAAACCGUUCUGGUCUUCCCUUAAUAUUUGUUCAGCACAUGAUUUAAGUCUCAUAUUUAGUAUGUUUGCUAGAAUUUUAUAUGUGGUGUUUAGUAGGGUUAUUGCUCUGUAAUUCUCGCACUACUUCCAAUCUCCUUUUUUAUAGAUUUGUACUAUAACACAUCUGUUCCAAUCAUGUAGUAUGUUUUGUAUCUAUAUUUGUUGUAUUAGCUUGUUUAUUUCUUUUUGUAAUAAAGAUAAUGAUCUCAUUAACAUCACCAUUAGCGAAAAAGCGAAAAAUAUUAUUAAUUCAAUAUUAGAACAAAUAAAGCAACUGUCACAAGUGGAAAAAUUUCUUCUGUUUCUAAAAUUACCAUCGGAAGUAACAAAUGCUGUAGAUCCCUUCAAGCAAACCAUCAAUCCUCUUGGUAGUAGGUCAGAGAUUACCAGAACGAUAUCUUGGAUCAAGACACACUUACAAGAAGAUCCGGAUAUAUCUCUGCCGAAGCAAGAAGUGUACAAUGAAUAUCAUAAUUACUGUGCGAACAACACUAUCAAAUCAUUAUCUCAAGCGGAUUUUGGAAAAGUAAUGAAACAAGUUUAUCCAAAAAUCAGAGCUCGAAGAUUAGGUACAAGAGGAAAUUCAAGGUAUUGUUACUCUGGUUUAAGACGAUGUACCAAAUUAAAAUCUCCUUUAUUACCAGACCUGGCUGAUAAACCAUUGUUCGCCGAAGGUUCAUUUAGUCAAUCAAGUUUGGCUUCAGCUGCCUGGUUGAUUGUAAAGGAAUGGUCCGAGUGCCACUUCACCCAACCAUUUUCAUCUAUUCAGUGUUUGGCGUACCAUCUAAUUUUAAACCAUCUUGUUGGUACUGGAUCGGAAGCUGCAUCCAAAAUUAGUGCUGCUGGAAUGUCAUCUUCUAAAGAUGACGGAAGUGUAAAAGUUACAAAACACAGGGAGAUGCAGUUACAGCUUCAAAGGAAAAUCCAAGAGAGGCACGAAGGAAGGGAACGUAAGAAACGAACACAGUCACCGAAAUCAGAACAAAAACCAGGCGUUAAAAAGUCCCGUUCGCAAAGCGUUCCCGCCCAAAAUGUAACGACCAACUUUUCUCCCACGACCACCAACGGCAACGUCAACUUGCUAAGCGGAGAAUGCAGCAGCACAACCAGCAGCAGUAGCAGCACCAGCCCGACUCAGGCGAAAAUUAUCUGUGAUAAAUCACUGGAUUUCAAUCAGCUACCUGACUUCAACAGUUUCCAAAAGCCGGCAGUAGAUGGCGAUACCAUGGGCAGUUCUGAACAGGACUCACAGCUGGUGAUAAACACAAACAGCAACAAAGUUCAAUUACCGAAACUUCAAGCAGUAUCAUCAUCAGAUUUAGUCCCGUGUCUGGAAAUGCCCUCGCCCAGCAAAAAACAAUUAAAGUACAAAUCGGUCCGGCCCAGACUGCAACCUUGUGAUAUUGCGUCGUACAACCCGCAGCCGCUGAUAUUGCCAGAGGCUGAGGCUGAACACAGAUCUCAACAUAAUAUACAUGAUAUAGCUAGAAUUAAGGAAAGAAACAGUGAUGAUGAAUGUGAUGUCCCUGAUUUUCCGUUAACCAGGGAAAGACUCAACAGUGUCAGCAGUGUCGAUAAAGAUGCCAUGGAUGAGUAUUUGGGUACAAAUAAUAGUCAGCAUGAAGAAGAACUGUCAAAAUACUUCUGCAACAAUAACUUUCCAGAAACAACAGAAUCGGAAGAUACAUCAAAAUUGUCAACGCUUAGGCAGCUGCUUGUUCAAAACAAUAUCGUAGACACCAAACCGUCAAUAUUAGAAAACAGGGUAGUGGAACCAAAAAGUGUGUCCUUUCCAAAUACUUGUCAAAAUCAAAUGCCAGUACAAACUAAUUUUACACAUGUUAAUCCUAUGAAUUUUCAAGAACUUUCUACCACAAAUGCUAACGUUAAGAGAAGGGUCAGCUUCGAGAUGUCCGCCACGGAGAAUUCCGUACCACCAAGUCCAAAUACAAGAAGAAAAAAUUUCAGUUUUACACCUAUAUCACCGGGUCCACAGUCUCCAAGUGGCAUACAUUCUAAAUGCUCUAGUACAUCAGUAAGUCCUUUCGUCAGUCCUAGAAGUACGCCUGUUUUAAGAAGCAAGCCGGCUCAUCAAAACGCCUGUCUAAAGAAUGAAAUUCGAAAAUAUUUAAAAGUAAAACGAGAAAUAGAUCUCACUAUAGAGAUUCCUCCAGAAAAUCAACCUGGUUUGCAUUCGACGGCGAUGUCAGCGCCUCCAAGCCCUAUAAUGAAUAAUAAGUCUGUCCUGCAAAAACUACUAAAUUCAACUAGUAAAGUGUCUUAUAAUCCCAGUUAUACAGCAGUUAGGAAGAUACCUAUUCCUCCUAAAACCUCACCAGAAGUAACUCAGUUUUUAACAUCAAAUGUAGAAUCAAAUUUAGAAGGUUAUAGGUCCAGGUCCGUACCAUUACACAACAUGAUUAAUCCAGUCAAUAGUGUGUUUAUAUCAACAAAUAAUUUGUCCGAGAUCGCGACAAUACCGGAACAAGACCCAGACGAAGUUAAAACUAUGCUAGUUUCUGGAAAUCCUCCUAACGAGCCAAUGGACAUCGUCGGUAUGAAUAUCGUUUCCAACAACAUCAAUUUGAGAGAAUUUGGUUUUAAGUUGUUUAACAACGGCUUGGAUGGUAGCGAUUUUUCUCAACAAACGUACGCAAGUCCGAGGUUAGUCCGUUCGCAAAGCAUCAAUGAAGAAAUCAGUAUACCGCAAGUUUUGCCUUCUCGGUCUGUUCCCAGCACUCCUCUACCAUUCAAUAAACCUCCAAAAAUAAAUUACAACAACUCUAGAUCGUACCCUUCGACACCCUUGAACAAUGACGAAACCUUUUCAUACAAUCUAAACAAUCUAAAUGGGGAUUGUCUGUUGAAUGGGCAGCCGAUCAGGAGCGACAUGGUGGAGGGUUUGAGCUAUCUUCAGGACAUCGAAGUGAAUGGGGACAGUACAGUGGAAGCUUUGCCCCAUGACAUAACCACUGAUUUUGAUAUUGUUGAGAAUGAGAGUCAGUUGUUGAAUGCAGGAUUGAUUGAAGCCACUUUUACUGAUAAUAUUGAGUAGGCAGGUGAAAAAAAAUGAUAAAUGUUGAACUGAGGAUCAAUUGUCAAGUUAUUUAAACAUU